GGGUUGUCUUCUGUGCAACGCCGAUCAAAUCGAUCAAUGGAAGAUGAUUCUUGAGAACAAACACACAAGUCAUAAGAUAUACGUAAUCAAUCUGCAAUGUAGCGAUCAAUACUUCAGCAUUUAAGGAAUUUAUUAGUGCAGAUUGCUCUAUUUAACAGUUGUUGAAUGUUGCUGCUUCAUCAAAUCAAAGAAUGGUAGACAUAGGUUCCAUAGUGUGGCUUGUUAUUGUUGCUGCCAUAUGGGGAUUAUCAACUCCAUUACUUAGGUAUGGAAGUGCUGGUAUUGAAAAUGUAUCAGGAAGAAACUUUAUAUGUCAAUGGCUUGCAGAAUUAAAAUUUCUUUCAACCAAUUGGAAGUACAUAUUUCCAUUUUUAAUAAAUCAAAGUGGAUCAGCAGUUUAUGCUUUGACCCUUGGAUCUGCAGACUUAUCUUUAGCUGUCCCUUUGACAAAUUCAUUGACAUUCAUCUUUGUAAGCAUUUCUGGCCGUUUGUUAGGAGAGAGAGAAGGAAAAUCUGUGUCAUAUGUUGGGAUGACUUUAGUUGUUGCUGGAGUUACUUUAUGUGUCUUAGAUAGAGCUUGGAAGUAGCAACAUCAGGACUGAAUAUCAACUUUGUGUUGAAAAUAUUGUGAUAUCUAUAGUAAAUGAACAUUACAUAACACAAAUUGAAUACAAUUAAAUUGUAUCAUUCUUAUUUCUUCGUUUUAAUAUUAUUUAAAAAAUAUAACUUUUUUUUUGAGUAGUUAAUUGCUGUUCUUUAGUUCUAUGAUUUCUUUUUUUAAAUUCAAGGUGCAUUCAGACUCUUAAAUGGUCAUCAGCAGAGAAUGUAAUGAAAAAAAAAAUCAGUAGGUGAUUUAAAUCUUUGGUACUUCUAUUUUAGCAGCACAAUUUUCUUUUCACAUAAAAAAUGCUGGGAUGAGUAGCACAUUGAAGAUUUCCUUUAAUAGAUUAUGCUUUUAGUUACAAUAUGAGUCUGUGUGGUUUCAUAUUUCAUGAUUCAUGAAUGCAGCAUAGCAUAUUUAACUUAACUCUUGGUAAAUAUCGUUUUUUAAUACUCCAUGAUGUAUCAAACCUAUUGUAGCGUAUUGGAGGGAUAAAAUUAGGUAUUCAAGCAGAUUUACCAAAGAUAAACUGAAUGAAAUUUAUUAAAACAUUUAUGUAUAAACUACUUAAAAAAUUACAAGCUAAAUAUGGUUAUGAAGCAGGCAGUAGGUCCAGGAGAGUUAGAAAAGCAUAUUAGGCUGCCCCAGAGUUUCAAAGUGUUCUAUCUAAGAUUAGCAGCUUUUGCACUGUAGCUCUGAGGGAGAUCAACUUCUCUUCAAAUAAUAAAAGGGAACUCUAGGCUUUUUUUUUUUUUUUGGAAAACAUGUACCUCUGCGAUUCUAGAAAAAAUGUCCUGUAUGUAAUGCUAAGUUUUUAAUUUUUUCCUGCUAAUCAAAACCUUCAAAAAAUAGUGCUGUUGGCAGAGUUUGACGAUAUAUAUCAUGAUAUAUAUCCAAUAUUUAUUUUGAAAAUAUGAUAUUUUGAUAUUUUCGAUACUUAUUUUCUCAACUACGGUAUUUUCAAUAUAAAAAUUAUAUUAAUCAUAGUAAUAUUGUUCAUUUAUUAUUAAACAUAACCAAAGAGUUAUGCAUUAUAUUUUUAUGAUGUAUUAAUACAUCAUUAAUACAGCAAAGUAAUAAAAUAUUCCUUUUUUAUUUUAUAUUCAUAAAAUGAUUAGUAAUGUAACAAUUUUAAUUCAUGUUAAAAGUGCCUCAUUAAGUAUUACAUGUUGGUCAAAGAAAAUGUCUUAUUACUGUGCAUUGACUAAAGCAUAUUUUUUAUUUCUGAAUCAUAUAACUGUGUAAAAGCGACUAACUGAAAAAAAGAAAUGAGUAGGUACAAAAGCUAAUACUAAAUGAACUACAUUAACAUUGAUAAAAAAUUUAAAUGAAAUAUUAGGUAUAAAUAAUGAAAGAAGUGUUAAUUUUAAGUCUACGUGUUGCAAUAACAAUGUUUAAGAAAAUAAAGAGUGAUUUGACGAUUCAUUUACUAUUUUGAAGACUUCAGUUAGUGCUGAUCAAAAUAUCCAAUAUAUAUCAAAAUAUCAGAUAUUUUCGAUAUUUUCAAAAAUAUGAUAUUUUUGAACCCUGGCUGUUGGGGAAUAAUGCAUGCUUUAAUAUACUAUCAAAGCAUAACAGUUAAUCCUAUAUUUAAUUAAUAGUUACUUGAAUAAAAUAAAAAACUUAGCGUUACACACGACAUGUUUUCAAGAAUCGCCCACCUGGCAUCAACAUUCUGGGAAGAAGAGAGAAACUUCAUACAAAAUUGUUGUGAGAGUCAAAAGUAAACUUAGGAGUGAAAUAUUGGAGUCUAAAAAUGUCCAUUGCUGACUGGAUGCAGUUAGCUUCAAAACUAUUCCCACUGUCUGGCUGCAUAUUCAAGACAAUGGCAUCGAAAGUUGCCCUGAAGCACAUUCCUCACAAUUCCUCCGUCCUCCAGAAAUUUCAAAUCCAUGACAGCAUAUCCAUCCACUAUAACUGGCAUUCUCUUUUCACUUGGUGUUUAAUGGUGUCUUUUGCAUAGACAGAUUUUCCGUUCAUACCCAAGUCCACAUGCUCCAUCAAAAGACAUAGCUGUCUCACAGUGUGUGUAAGUAUAUGGUUCAAAACCGGCUCUCAUUCUCUAAAUUCUUUUAAAUUAAUUUUCACCUUUUUUUUUCAUAUUUUAUCAAUUUUAAGAAUUUGGAUAAACGUUAAAAUUUCCUUUACAUUGACUAGAUUUUAGCUUUUUAAAAAUGUUUUUAAGAAAGCUGAGAACAAAAGAAAAUUGUAGAAUUCAUGUCUGAUUUUUGGUACCAGAAGAAAGUUAGCUAGUUAUUCUUUAGAGGCAUUGAAAGGGCUUUGAUUUUGGAAAAAUGUCCUCUAUUAAAAUUUCACAAGAUUUUUCUACAUUUGUAGCAGUUACGUAGUUCUGCUGUUUUAUUAUUUUUGAACUGUUAUUGAUGUGUUGAGAACUGAAGUUAUUUCAACAGUAAAUGCUAUAAAUACUUGUUCUAAUGUCCUAAAUUUUAAUGUACACUGCCCUCAAAAAGUUAAGGUACAACACGUUUUUCGAAACUCACCAUUAAAAAAAAUGGCAGUAACAUUAAAAUGCAUAGUUUACAUGAAUGAUAAUAGCGAUUUCUUAUACCAUUUAUGAAAAAACAAUAGCUGCAGCUUUUAUUUUAUAGAAAAGAACAUAUCUUUAUGAGUAAGAAAAAAAAUAAGCAAAUCUCAAGCUUUCGUAUUUUUGUGUAUAACUUGUUUUAAUUUUGAACUGUGGUUGGCAGUUUCUGUGACAAUAGUCAACAGAGUUCAGAAAAUGCCUCAGAGAUGUCGUUUGACCGAUUUGUUAAGGUGGUGGGCAGUUGGAUGGAUGGAAAUUAGUACAGUAAAAAUAGGGGUCGAACCCAAACAUCCAAAAAAAAAAGUUUAAACCUGUUGCAAAUUGUUUAUUACCCUCCCAAUAAGAACAGGUAAAAAGUCCCUUCCCAUUGUACGUCAGGUUUCGGAAUGGAGAGCAUCUAAAAAUUGCUGUUUUGAGCAUUUUUUCGGAAUUUUUAGAGUAAAUUUCAAGAGGGAAUAUUAUGUCAUACUAAAUUUAAAAGCAUGAAAAUAAAGGUGUUUUUCCCGCAAGAGGGAUGACACAUCCCACCAAUGCUACAGAGCCCCCCUAUGCUUGUAAAACAAAGCAGUACCCCCGUUCCCCUCAUACAUUUCAAGUGGAAAUAUAAUUUUAUACAAUGUUAAAGUUAGUAAUCAAGUGUG